GGACUAAAAACAAAAACAAUCCAAUCUAAAAUUAAAUCCUGCACGCAAGUGUAAAACUGCACGAUUUGACAACGUCGGUGUGUGGUUCAGGUAAAGAAGCGAGCUUUUCCACAUAGAGGCGUAUUCGUGCAUCGAUUUUGUGUGAAAAUUCACUGCACGCAGCGUCAGUUUGUGUUAUUGUGCGUUUCAAAUAACAAACAAGUGCGACUUUUAAAAAUUAAAUGGCCAUGGCGAUCAGUCGAUUAUCCAUCAUCAAAUUUUUGGAGUUGCUUGUGGCGAUAGCAUGCAUUGGUCUUCAUCACAAGAGCGCUACUGGUGAUUGGAAUGUUGACACUCUAUCUGCAGCUACAUUUGGUGGCUUUGUAAUCAUUCUUAUUGGAGGAUUUGCAGGAUACCUUCUAAGCGCACCCAUCAGCAAGAAAAUCGACAUUUUCUACAGCUUGGCUGGCUGUGCCCUCUUUGUAGCGGCCGGGGCACUAAACAUUAAGCACUUCGAAGACUACAGCAAGUCAGAAUGGAGGGACUACGGUUUGGCAAAGGGCUCCCUUGCCAUCAUCAACGGAGUCUUCUUUUUGCUUGACGGGCUCAUCACCUGGCGUGGAGAUUUCUAAGCUGCUUCUUUCAUAUUUCACCACAUUUGUACAUUGAAAACGAAUAUUUAUAUAAGUUACCGGCUAUACUGAGGUUACAAAAAAAGCACUUGUGUCUAAUUGGCUUCCAUACAAUGCUGUAUUAUGCAUUUUGUUUGAAUAGUAUCUAACAAUUACGAUAAUAAAUUUAGUCAAGUGUUUUUUGGGUCCUCCUAAUAAUAAGGUGGUGAUCGAAAAUGUAAUUUAAGUCACAGAAAGUUUAGAAAACCUCUCUAUGUCUAUCAGUGAAGAACUUGACUUCAGAUGAAUUCCCAACAAAAAUUACUUUACAAACUACAUAUUUAUAUUUUUCUGGUGUAGUAGUAAGAUGAUUCUGCCAAGAAAUGUAUAGAUAGACAUUGAAACGUUACUUCAGUGCUUACUGUGACGGAUUUUUUUCCGACCAUACGGUACACAUUAAGUAGUGAUAUUUUUUUCUGUACUAUACAAACAUUUAUUUAACAAAAUAUUGUCUAAAACCACUAAUAAUAAAUAAAGUUUUCAAAAUAUGUAUCUACAUUAUUAUUUAUUAUAAAAGCAAUGUUCAUAUUUAUGUGAAAAUAAAUCCAACAUCAUGUGCAGUACAAAAAAAUAUUACUAUUAAGAUUAGUUUUUAAGUGUUGCAUUUUCACUAAAACCACACAUUUUUAUAUGUAAACCUGAAAAAAGCCUAGUUUAUAGUAACUUUUAGAUCGAUGUAUUUUUUUAAAACCAACAAAUGUUGUUGCAAGCUUUAAAUAGACCAAAAUGACUAUAAUAUAAAAACACUAA